CUUUGACCACAAUCACAAAACCUUCUCUUCUCACACACUAUAAAUUCCAUAAGCCAAAAACUCAAAAUAAAACUCAAGCAAUCAUUUCAAAAUCAUCAAUGGAAGUUUACAAUAACAGGCUGAUGCAAAAGAUGCAGAGAAACAUGGGAAUAAGUUGCUGGGAAGAAUUCGAAGGCGACGAUUUUUACGAUGAACUUAGAAGACAAGUGUUAAUAUUGACUACAGAAGAUGAAGAAGAUCAUCAAUAUUCAAAUGAAAUCAAGAACUCGAACAAAGUAGAAAUGAAAUCUUAUUCAGUUCUACAACCUGCAGGAGUUCAUUUUUCUUGGUCUGGAGAUAAAGAGGAUAACAACAAAGUUCCAAAAUGGUUAUCAGAUUUGUGGAGAAAAGGCAAUAGAGAUGAAGUGUUCAAUGGAACUGGAGUUUUCAUACCACAUAUUGUCAAAUCCAGAAGAAGAAAUAAGUCAAGAAGGAAGAAUACUGAAAGAGGAAAAGCAUACAAGCCAGUGGCAGCAGGAAACUGCUAAAGCUUAGUUGUUUCAAUAAUCAAAAUAAACCCAUUGUAUCAAAUAUUCAUGUAGACAAUGUAGUCAUACAAAACUCUGAGGCUUUAGAGUAUUAGCCAUGUAAAGAUUCUUUUAUGAAUUUAAAAGUUGAAUCGCCAGAUGCUUUAAAGGGCAA